AUGUCCUUGUCGUUGAACGAGUACACGCGAUACGGCCGCCAGCUCAUUGUGUCUGAGUUUGGGCUCGACAGCCAGUUGCGUCUCAAGUCCAGCCGUGUGCUUGUAGUUGGUGCUGGUGGACUCGGAUGUCCCGCCCUGCAGUAUCUUGUUGGAGCAGGUAUAGGCACCAUAGGCAUUGUGGACCCGGACACCGUUGACGUUUCCAACCUCCACCGUCAGAUCCUCCACUCCACAGAAACGGUGGGGAUGCUCAAGUGCGAGUCUGCAAAGCAACAGUUGCAGAAAAUAAACCCAUUGGUGGAGAUCGUCACUUAUCCAACAGCUUUAAGCACAGAUAACAGUUUUGACAUCUUUGAGCAAUACGAUCUGGUUCUCGACUGCACAGAUACGCCGGCAACAAGGUACCUCAUCAAUGACACCGCUGUAUUGCUUGGACUGACGGUUGUUUCUGGGUCUGGGCUCAAGACAGAGGGCCAACUGUCGAUAUUGAACUUUGACAACGUUGGGCCAUGCUACCGUUGUUUCUAUCCCACCCCACCGCCGCCAAGCUCGGUCACGGCUUGCAGUGACGGUGGUGUUCUGGGCCCGGUGAUCGGUCUUGUUGGGGUCAUGAUGUCACUGGAAGCCAUCAAGAUCAUCUCUGGCUACUACCACACAGAGGGGGCCGAGUUCCAGCCGUUUUUGAGCAUGUACAACGGAUACAACCCGUUGCAGAGUCUGAGAACGUUCAAGAUGCGCGGGAGAUCUGCGAAAUGCCGCGUUUGCAACCCUGCAACUCGGGAAAUCACCAAACACGUUGUGCAGAACGAGUUGGACUAUGCCGUGUGGUGUGGCAAGAUGGAGUACAAUGUACUUUCCGCAGACGAGCGCAUCCCCGUGGAACGUUUUGCCGAGCUGAAAGAGCCGUUCGUGGUUGAUGUUCGCGCUAAGGAACAGUUUUCCAUUGUGCAUCUGCCAAAUUCCGUUAAUAUUCCGCUUAAUGCGCUAAGGCGGCUCGAAACUCUGGAAGUUCCGAAAUCCACGCCAGUGUACGUGAUCUGCCGUUUUGGCAACGAUUCCCAACUCGCCGUGAAACACCUGAAGAAAAUUGGUUAUGAAAACACAGUUGAUGUGAUUGGCGGUCUUAACCAGUGGUCCCAGAAAAUAGACCCGCUAUUCCCUGUAUACUAA